AUGUCGACAAACAUGUCUCCAAAUAUAAAAAAAGGUGGCGUUACCGCCGCAGACCUCAUGCAGCUGCAGGAGGCCGCCCUUCGUCUUCGCUCCCAGUGCACCCAGAGGGAGGCGGACAACCGAAGGCUAACGCAAAAGCUGCGCGAGUAUGAAGAGCAGCUGUUUUUUCUGCGUGCAAAUGAGCUUAUUCUUCGAAAACAGGUUUCAGUGUGGUCUAGCUAUCACCGUCUUUUUGCGCAGCCACUCUAUGAGGCGCGUCUUGCGGUGGAGAGGUACAAGCACGAGGCGCAUCAGUCCUUGGUCCACGAGAUGCAGGUUGAUCGGCAGCGAAGGGACUCGAUUGCCAAUGCAGCGAAUGAAAAGAGGGAGCGGGAGAGGGCCGGCCUACAGGCGCGUCUGCGGCGGCUCCAGGAGUUGCAAGAUGAAAAGCGAAAGAAGCAUGAAGAGCUGGAACUUCGACUGAGGCGUGUUUCCGAAGAGUCUCUGCGGGCCCAAAAGCAGGCGUCAAAACUGAAGGAUGAGUUGGCGUAUUGCAUGGAUCGACUGGAGGAGAGCGAAAGAGAACGCGAACGCGUCAAACGGCAUCUUUCUGAGCACGAGGCGGCUCUACUAAAGGCACGACAUAAUGUGGCUGGCAUGGGACACUUUGAGGAGGAGAUCCGCUCGAGGGAUACCGUCAUUGCGCAACUCCAGCGAACAGUGCGGGAGUUGAACACAAUCAUGGCACAGCAAUCGGCAUCGCGGUUAGAAAAGGCAGAUGGCGAAAAUACCCCGCCGCAACACGAGGCAGAGGAAAAGAAGUUGGCCGCCAGUCCACAGAGAUUACUGAACGACUCGUGUGAUUCUGAAUGGGUGCUAAAGCAGAGCAUUGGGUGGUUUCGCAGUAAAAUGGAGCGUGAGAUGAAACCUUCUACUCCCCGCCGUCAAAUGUUUGCGCCCCGCAGUUCUUCCGCCAACCCUGCACCAUUGUUGUCGUCUUCCUCAUGGAUGGAGGGGCGGUGCGAUAGCGGAGAUGUUGAUCUGCAGGAGUUUCUAUCGCGGGAGUUACAGGCUCCUUUGCUGUAA